CGUUCAGCCAUUUUGUAAGAAAAUCAAGCAAGUGCGCCGCCCUGUCUUCUCCUCAGACCUGCAGUUUGUUUCUUGUGCAAUGGACGGCCGCCUAGACGCUGACUUGUACCCUCUGGGAUCCGGCUACGUCCCUGAAAUCGAGAGUGUCCAUGACAUAUCAGUUGGCACAAAGAGGGGAUCCGACGAACUCUUUUCUUCCUGCAUAUCCAACGGACCCUAUAUCAUGAACGCAGCCAAUGGCAACGACAGCAAAAAAUUCAAAGGUGACGUCCGCAGCCCUGGUGUUCCGUCACGUGUGGUCCACGUACGCAAGCUUCCCAAUGACAUAAACGAGGCCGAGGUUAUUGGCCUGGGAUUGCCCUUUGGGAAGGUCACCAAUCUGCUGAUGCUGAAAGGGAAGAACCAGGCGUUCUUGGAACUGAACAGCGAAGAGUGUGCACAGACGAUGGUGAGCUACUACUCCUCUGUCACUCCCGUCAUCAGAAACCACCCCAUCUACAUGCAAUACUCUACCCAUAAGGAGCUCAAGACGGACAACUCUCCCAACCAAGUGCGUGCGCAGGCAGCUCUGCAGGCAGUCAAUGCUCUGCACGGUGGUGGGAUGGGAGGCAUGGCCAUUGCCACAGAUGCAGCAGCCAUGGGAGGAGCAGGGGGUCAAAGCCCUGUUCUCAGAGUCAUAGUGGAAAACCUCUUCUACCCCGUCACGCUGGAUGUCCUACACCAGAUUUUCUCCAAGUUCGGAACAGUGCUGAAGAUCAUCACUUUCACUAAGAACAACCAGUUCCAGGCUCUGAUCCAGUACGCCGAUGGCAUGACAGCUCAGCAUUCUAAACUGUCUCUGGAUGGACAGAACAUCUACAACGCCUGCUGUACCUUGAGAAUUAGCUUCUCCAAGCUGACCAGCCUCAAUGUCAAGUACAACAAUGAUAAGAGCAGGGACUACACUCGACCAGACCUCCCAACUGCAGAUUCACAGCAAUCUCUUGAUCACCAGACCAUGGCCGCCGCUGCAUUUGCUGCUCCAGGAUUAAUCUCGGCCUCUCCUUAUGGUGGUGCUCAUGCCUUCCCCCCAACCUUUGCCAUCCAACAGGGUCCGUUUCCCAUAGGUCUGUCAAUGCCUGGUAUGCCCGGUGCCCUGGCGUCCCUGGGUAUGAGCCAUGGUGGCAUGGCAGCCGCAGCUGCUGCUGCCAGCAGGCUCGGCCUAUCAGGCCUCACUGCCACUGGGGGACACAAUGUCAUGCUGGUCAGCAACCUGAACCCUGAGAGCGUUACGCCACACUGCCUCUUUAUUCUUUUCGGUGUGUAUGGCGACGUGAUGAGGGUGAAGAUCCUGUUCAAUAAAAAGGAGAAUGCUCUGAUCCAGAUGUCCGAUGGCACACAGGCCCAGCUAGCUAUGAGCCACCUGAACGGCCAGCGGCUGCAUGGCCGGGCCAUGCGCGUGACGUUGUCAAAGCAUACCACAGUGCAGCUGCCCAGAGAGGGCCACGAGGAACAGGGCCUUACAAAGGACUACAGCAACUCACCGCUGCAUCGCUUCAAGAAGCCUGGCUCCAAAAAUUACUCCAACAUCUUCCCACCCUCUGCAACACUCCACCUCUCCAACAUACCGCCUUCAGUGGUGGAGGAUGACCUCAGGAGACUGUUCGCCAGCUCAGGAGCGACAGUCAAAGCAUUCAAGUUCUUUCAAAAAGACCGCAAAAUGGCCCUGAUCCAGAUGGGCUCAGUCGAGGAGGCAAUCGAGUGCCUCAUCGAGUUCCACAACCACGAUCUUGGAGAGAACCAUCACCUUCGAGUGUCCUUCUCCAAAUCCACCAUCUGAGUGCCUUCCCUUCCUCCCUCCAAAUCUGCUGCCACUUGAACGCUGCUUCUCUCAAGUUCGCCUUCAGUGGAAAUAGCAACCAUAACACAUCUGUGGCUGUGUUUCUGUGUAGAGCGUUGCUCCCAAGACCACAAUUCUUAGUCAUUCCACAUCGUUAAUAGGUUUGGGCAUCAGAUUUGAUCAAGUCUGCUUAUUGAUUCCAGUUCUUAAAUUCCAAUUAUAUUCAUAUUUAGAGAAAAACCAUACAGAAAAGACACCAAAAACUGAAAUUAUUUUGAAUAAAAAUAUUGCUAAUUAAGAAUAAUCCUUCCUGACAUACACAAAUUAGUCAUCAUGGAUUUUGUGUUUGAGGUAGAUCUGCUUGCUAUUACAUCAGUGUGUUUCACAAUAUGUAGACAUUUUCAGGAGUCAUCAUUCCCCCUGAAAAUGUGUUUUCAAAAUGCCCUUCACUACAAGAGAUGAGAGCAACCUCAGAAUUAGCAACAUAAAAUGCUGAAAAUGACAAUUUCUUACCAAGAUUUGGCUCAAUCAGACCCACGACUCCCACACAUCACAUUAUUUUGCUGGGCACCAUUGUUGCAUUCCAGAUUAUUUGCGCCCGAUAAUGGAAAUCAUCUCUUCAGUUGUUUGCAAAAAAAGCUUCUGUCCAUAAUUAUGUAAAAAUUUAAAUGCUCAGGCAAGAUUUAUCAAGUGGUGUCAACAAAAGUGUCUAAACUUUGAUUAGAUUCAGUUUUUUAUUAAAAGCACUGUCUCCAGUUCCGAGCAGAUCCCUGGUGCCCAAACCUAAUCGAGUUGUUCCACCAAUAAGUUCCAAGUGAGAUCCUACGAAACGGGGCAACAUUCUGCAUUGAAACAUACUGAAAGUAUAUCGGGAGGUAAAGUCGAGGAAGCUGAUGAACUGUCGCGUUAGGUCACAUUGCUUAAAAUCACAAAGAAAAGACCCUCCACCGCAGAUUAUGUGGAUGAAUCGGAUCAGACACACUUCAGCAUUCCUUCUACUACCAUAGUUGUGUCGAUAUAUCUGUGUGUGUGUGUGUGCCUUUUUGAAAUGCCACUUUGAACCUGUUCGGCCAGUCGGUAAUGGGUUGAGACGAGGAUUUUGUUUUUGGCUCACAGACCCUACAACUCAUUUCCCAGUUUUACGUUUUGGUUUUAUCUUCUCGUAACUACCCACAUAUUUUCUUUUGGGGGAACCAUACCACUAUCUGAAGUUGUCCUAAUAAGAAUAACAUUGGUCUUGUGCCUUACUUUGCCCCAACCAGAUUGCCUUAAGCAUUGCUCUGGCUUCAUUUCGAAAUCGUGGUUCUCAAAAUGCCUUUUUAUUUUUUCUCCUCCAUGCCUAUUUGGUGUGUACCAGCAUUUGUAAAAUUGGGGAAAGUGGCUUAUUCAUUGUUUCUUCUUAUGUAAGGAUUUGUAUGCAUAUAGCCUCAUCAUAUAUAUAUGUAGAAACUAUGAAUGUAAGUCAGUUAGAUGCCUAAUAUCCUUGCUAGGUGACGUAGCUCUAUUAGGUGUAUUGUGGCAGGAGUGCAGCGGUAUUCAGGCUUCCUGUCCUGCAGUCCCCCAUUCACCUCCAUUCAGUCCUCUGCAGGGCCGGGGGGGGUGGCCGUGGGCCUCAUUUAACCAUAUUAUGUUCAUUUGUAUGUGGACGCGUAUAUUCAUUUAUCUUUCUUUUUAAAUGUUAGCAUUUACAUGUGUAUCACUUCUAAGCUUAACUGGUAACCUACAUGUAGUGGCUGGGUUUGAUCAUUAUCACAGUGCCUUGACUGCUUGAGUCUUAAAUCAGAGGCUGAAACACUUAGUGGCCUGGUCAGUUGAUUUUGUUGUAUACCUCUAAUUCAACUGUGUGAUCUUACCUGUCUGCAUAGAUGCCUUUAUCCCAUUCUAUUCAGGUAGCCGUACCUGUGAGAGGGCAGCUGGGAGGCAUUCGUCAAAUUGAUAGCAACAACGGUCUUGGACUGUCUACAAACCCAGUGUAUUUCUCUUAAAUUCAGGAUUAACAGGAUUACAGGGUGAGCCAACCCUCACCCAUCCCCUGUCUGUGUCCCCUUACGCCACAGUCAGGUUCUCUAGUGCACUUUUCCUCAAUGAUAGGUCCAAGUUGGCACCGUCACGCUGAAGUCUUAAAACGUCACAUUCCUGCGUGCCUCAAGCACCAGAUAUCACAGCCUGGACCACUAGUCUCGGACCAGAUACAGACACGCUCUGUCUCUAUUUUUGUAAAAGAUUGUUAUGCAUGAUUUAACAAAGCUUCAUGUAGCUGCAAACGGUUAUUGCUGUUAAGGACCAAAGUAUCUUCUAUCCCUGCUGUUUUUGUAGUGUUGUGAUUUCUUAAAGGUUUUUUUUGUCACAUUCCUGUUAUUCCACAAAAAAAAAAAACCAAGGCUUUGAUUUUCCUUGUUUCUGUUCCUCAGAACAGUUUGGACGAACGUCACAGAGCUAAAUGAGUUUUGGGUAACACCGUAUACUGUACCCCUUUUGUUUGAUUGACUUUACAAAGAACCUAAUUUGGCUAGCGCUCGCUUUAGAAGGGAUCCUUAAUUGAUCCUCAGUCCUAGCUGUGAUGUUGACAGUGUAGAUUAUAUGCCUUUCAGUUUCUGUUUAAAGCUUUUAUUUUUCUCUCCUUUUUUUUAUAUGGGGGCGGGAUGGGGUUAUUGUAUGAAAGCGGGAUCGAUGGUUGUAUAUAUUCGUGUUUUUGUACCACAAAAUCAUUUGGAUUAUAUCCACUUUACGUUCAAAACAUGUAUAUUUUGAUAAAACAAUACAGACCUAUUGAGCUCUUUGGAGCUGUAAAAACAACAAAAAAACUUUUGUAACACAAAGACAUUAAACCUAUCUGAACACACA